CUGAGUCUUCACUCCUCCACCUCUCCGGCUCUCCCGACUCCUUCGUCUCUCUCUGUCUCUCUGUCUCUCUGUGUCCAGGAGAACCUCGUGAACGCCAUGGCCGCCUUCAUUGGAAAGUGGGAGCUCGAGAGCCAGGAGAACUUCGCCGAGUUCAUGCGACUCAGCGGUGUGCCCGAGGACAAGAUCGAGAGCGGCGAGAAGCUGGUGUCGCACACGGAGAUCACGAAGAGCGGAGACUCCUUCACCAUCUCCAACAUCAACCCCAAGAAGACGCUGGUGAACACCAUCACGCCCGGCAAGGAGUCGGACUUCGAGACCCUCAGCGGCAAGAAGGGCAAGGUUCUCGUGACUCUGCAGGGCGACACCAAAAUGGUGGCGCAGCUGCCCAAUCUCACGCACACCCUGGAGGUCGUGGGCGGCAAGCUGGUGGAGACGCUGGAUGCCGGCUCCGUGGUCUUCAAGAGGGUCAGCAAGAAAGUCUGAGUUCGACCUCUGAACCUGGUUCAACUCCCGACCUCCUAACCCGACCUCUAUACCUAAAUACUGCCCCCUGUCCUGGUUCAAUUCCAGACCGCGUUCCAUGAUUUCCCCGAAGCUGUUCGCCGUCGUGAGUCGACAACAGCAACAUCAUUAGCCCGUAGUGGUGAUGGCAUCAUCGCUGUGAUGUUGGUGAUGGUGACUUCCUCUGUGUUGUGAUCCUAUCUCGACCAAUAAACUCUCCGAUGUCCCCAUUGA